UCCCGGUUGUAAAAUCUCCACCGACCCGUCUCACGCAGUUUCUCCUCAGACGCCGAGGAUACAGGUCAUGGGACCGCGAACCCUCCUCCUGCUCCUCUCCGGGGCCCUGGCUCUGACCGAGACCUGGGCGGGCUCCCACUCCCUGAGGUAUUUCCACACCGGCGUGUCCCGGCCAGGCCGCUGGGAGCCCCGCUUCAUCUCCGUCGGCUACGUGGACGACACGCAGUUCGUGCGGUUUGACAGCGACGCCCCGAAUCCGAGGAAGGAGCCGCGGGCGCCGUGGAUGGAGCAGGAGGAGCCGAAGUACUGGGAAGAGGAGACGCGGAUCUCCAAGGAAAACGCACAGUUUUACGGAGUGAACCUGAACAUACUGCGCGGCUACUACAACCAGAGCGAGGCCGGGUCUCACACCCUCCAGGAGAUGUACGGCUGCGACGUGGGGCCGGACGGUCGCCUCCUCCGCGGGUACAGACAGUUAGCCUACGACGGCGCCGAUUACAUCGCCCUGGACGAGGACCUGAGCUCCUGGACCGCGGCCGACGCGGCGGCUCAGAUCUCCAAGCGCAAGUUUGAGAAGGCCGGUGCUGCGGAGCACCACAGAGCCUACCUGGAUGGGGCAUGCGUAGAGGCGCUCCGCAGAUACCUGGAGAACGGGAAGGACACGCUGCAGCGCGCAGACCCUCCAAAGACACACGUGACCCACCACCCCAUCUCUGACCAUGAGGUCACCCUGAGGUGCUGGGCCCUGGGCUUCUACCCUAAGGAGAUCUCACUGACCUGGCAGCGUGAUGGGGAGGAUCAGACCCAGGACAUGGAGCUUGUGGAGACCAGGCCUUCAGGGGAUGGAACCUUCCAGAAGUGGGUGGCCCUGGUGGUGCCUUCUGGAGAGGAGCAGAGAUACACAUGCCAUGUGCAGCACAAGGGGCUCCAGGAGCCCCUCACCCUGAGAUGGGAACCUACUCAGCCCACCGUCCCCAUCAUGGGCCUCAUUGUUGGCCUGGUUCUCUUGGUGGUCACUGGAGCCGUGGUGACUGGAGCUGUGAUCUGGAGGAAGAAGCACUCAGGCAGUAACAGUGCCCAGGGCUCUGAUGUGUCUCUCAGGCAUCCUAAGGGUGAGGCUCUGGAGGGUCUAGAUUAGGAUGGGGGAUGGGGCAGAGGGGAUGUCCUGGGAGAUGGGGAUUCUUUGCGUGGGACAUUUGAGCAGGUGGGGGGCUGUCAGAAGGUCAGCACUUAUGUGACUGCCCUGAAUUUUUUCAUGAUUAUUUUCUUCUAUAGUUUGAGACAGCUGCCUUGUGGGGACUGAGUGAUGCAGGAUUCCGCAUCCCACCCCUGCACUGUGACUUCAAGAUCUUCUGACUUUCUGCAAACGUCAUCUGAAUGUGUCUAUGUUCCUGUUAGCAUAAAAUGAAGAGGUGGGGAGCCUGGCCCACCACUGCCCACCACGACCCCUCCCCACACUGGCCUGUGUUCUCUUCCUUGAUGGCCUUUCCUGACCGAACAGAGGCGGGGCUGGGCCGUCUCCAUCUUUGUCUUAACUUCAUUUUGCGCCGAAAAGUAAUGUCUUUCAUAUCCUAUUGAAAAUCAGGAUCCGAACUACAGCUCUCCCCCUACUAUAUAGAUGGGUCCUCAUCGGUCUUGUCCCCCAGUGUUUGUUUGUUUGGGUCUUUUUCCUAAAACUGUACAAAUGUUAGAUACUUAAUCUUUGGUAAUAUGAUAUUACAAAGAAAUUGCUUCCUUCUGUUAUUGUUCAGCUUAGUCAUCUUCAUAUAUGCUUAGUCAUUACUAGUUCUGUUAUUUCGUUUCCUUCUGUUUUAUUUUUUUAAUUCAUUUCCCUUAGCAUUAUCAACGUCUUUGUUACUGGCUUCUAAGAACUAAUUUAUGACUAAGGAUGUUAACAAUUUGUCAUGCAAUGUAAAUGAAAUACCAUGUUUUACUGCCAUCAAUUUACUAUGGCGUUUUGUAUUUUGGUUGUGUAUUAAAAUAUACUCAUGUUGUGCCUUAAAAAAAA